CAUGCAGUAUAUAUAUAUGCAUAAAUACCGACAACUAGUGCGACGCUUUAGUUAAGCGAGACGGGGAGCGAGAUGGACUCGAGAGGGCCGGCUCGUGACUGGACAAAUAAACGCACAAAUCGGCUUUAAAAUAAGCAAAUGUCGAUUUAUACCCUAACGUGAGGCCCUGUGUCUCCCAGCCUGGAAGUCUAACUGAAGAGGAGAUCCCUUAGGCUCCAUGACUAAACUCGGCCAAACGCCCGCGAUGGCUGUCGUGUGUGGUGAUUGCCUGCUGGACGUUUAAGACCCGCUACAGCCCAACCCCUCCACGGCUUCCUCCUCUGCUCGUGGGGAGCGAUGGCCAACACGGUUGCCACCCUGGUGGUCCAGACGACGCUCCUUCCCACACAAACCCCGUCCUCCCUAUCGCCGUUCCCUUCGCUCCUCACCCCGGCGGAAGACGGCGAUGACGACGGAGAGAAGGCGGGGGAAGAAGAGAAGGAGCCAGAGGCGGUCGUGCUCACCGGCGUGGAGAUGGUGACGACGUCGUCGUCCGGGGUGACCGCCUCCCAGAACCCUGAACACCCCUUUCAGUGCCUGGACUGUGGGAAGAGUUUUAAAUGGUCUUCCAGGCUUGCUCAUCAUCAGCGUAGCCAUAACAACGAGAGGCCGUACCGUUGUAACCUCUGCCCCAAGGCCUUCAAGGGCUCGUCAGCCCUUCUAUACCACCAGAGAUCCCAUUCAGGAGAGAAGCCUUAUAAGUGUGAGGACUGUGGCAAAGCAUUUAAGCGCUCCUCUCUCUUACAGGUCCAUCGCAGCGUGCACACGGGCUUGCGCACCUUCCAGUGCCCCUAUUGCCCCCUGACCUUCAAAUGGAGCUCACACUACCAGUACCACCUGCGGCAGCACACGGGCGAGUGCCCUUACCCGUGCGACAGCUGCCCCAAGGCCUUCAAGAACUCCAGCAGCCUGCGGCGGCACAAGAACGUACACCUGGGCGUCAAGCCCUACAUCUGCGUGGUGUGCAGCAAGGCCUUCAGCCAGUCCACCAACCUGAGGCAGCACAUGCGCAUACACACGGGCGAGCGGCCGUACGUGUGCGGCGAGUGCGGCCGCAGCUUCACGCACUCCUCCAACCUGGCGCUCCACCGCAACUCCCACGCGGAAGGCAAGGCCAAGGGCGGGGCCAAGGCGGGGAAGGCGGGGCCUCGGGCGAGCGUGGAGGUGGUGCUGGAGGGCGCGACGCCGGACGACCUGCGGGCGGCUGGGAUGAGUAUUUCUGACAUGGUGGGCCUGGUGGGCGGGCAGGAGGGCGGGGUCGGGCAGGUCUUCCUGUCUCACGACAUGCCCUCGUCCUCUGCGGCAUCCUCGUCCGAAGCCGGUCCCGACGUCCUGACGCUGACGCCCGCCGCGGCCGCGGGCUCGGAGCACAUGCAGGUGAGCAUGGACGGGGGCGGGGACUCAGGAGCCAGCGUGCUGCUCUACAGCUGCGGCAGCUGCAGCGAGACCUUCGGAACCCAGACGCACCUGGAGCAGCAUCAGGCCCUGCACCUGGACGGCCUGGGGGACGGGGGCGGGGACAACACGGGGGCCAUCAUCGAGGCUCGAGGGGAUGGGAGCUCGCUGGUCGGGACGGCGCCCUUGCUGGCCGACUUUGAGGAGGUGGUGGAGACCACGGCAGCGUCCGAGAGUGCGCAGGGGGCGGAGCUGCUUGGUUUGGGCGGGAUUAGCAGCGGGGGCGGGCAGGUCCAAUACAAUCUGCUCCACACCUUCACCAGCCCUGUAGCCCAGAUGCCACCCGACGCCACCACGCCCGGAGCGGACGCGGCGGCGAGACCGGCCGCCUUGCCCGAGUGUGCCUACUGCGGCAAGAGCUUCAGGAACAGCACGUCACUGAGCAGACACGAGGCACAGGCGCACCCUCUGGGCCUGUCCCAGCACCACCCGCGAUCCCAGUUCAGCUGCUCGGCGUGCGAUCGCUCCUUCCCGCUGCUGUCCUCGCUGCUCACCCACCAGCUCUCGCACACCGCGGAGCAACGGCUGCUGGCCGAGGCCGAGGCCGAGAUCGUGUGCCCUCCCUCGCUGACGCUCGCUCUGCCCCUGCGCACCUCGCCCUCUGCCAAGCGGGAGGCCGAGGAAGGCGAGGGCGAGAGGGAGAUUCACGUCAGCCUCGUCGCCGUCCCGGAAGAGGGCGAGAGGCAGGCGGCCAAGCCGGUGCCCAGGGCGUCGGGGAGGGCAGGGCGGAGACGAGGCGGGAGCAAGAGCGCCACAGCGAAUAACGAGCGGCCGUACCGUUGUUCGGAGUGUGGGAAGUCCUUUAAGGGGUCGUCAGGAUUGCGCUACCACAUGAGAGACCACACUGGAGAGAGACCGUACCGCUGCACAGAAUGUGGAAAGAGCUUCAAGAGAUCAUCUCUGCUGUCCAUACACCAGCGGGUGCACACAGGUGUGCGCGCCUUCCAGUGCCCCUAUUGCCCCCUGACCUUCAAGUGGAGCUCACACUACCAGUACCACCUGCGGCAGCACACGGGCGAGCGGCCCUACGUGUGUCAGGAGUGCGGCAAGUCGUUCAAGAACACCAGCUGCCUGCGGCGGCACAGCCAGCUGCACUCGGGCCUGCGGCCGCACGCCUGCUCCGUGUGCGGCAAGGCCUUCUCGCAGACGUCCAACCUGAAGCAGCACGAGCGCACGCACUCGGGCGAGCGGCCCUUCCAGUGCGCGCAGUGCCACAAGAGCUUCACGCAUUCGUCCAACCUGCAGCUGCACCUGCGCACAACAUCGUCGCGCAAGGACUUCAAGUGCCAGCAUUGCGGCAAGGAGUUCGUCAUGCACUCAUACCUGCUGCGGCACCUGCGCACGCACAGUGGCACCGGUGGGGGGCUGGCAUGCGCCAGGGAGGCGGGGAAGGCGGGGAAGGGAGGGGGCGGGGCGGCGGAGGCUCCGCCCGCCGCACUCGGCCUGAACGUGAGUGCGGCCGGCGGCCUCGGCUCGCUGUUCCCGGCCGACGGCAGUUCCACGCUCAUCCUCUCCCCGCCGAACCUGGAUAUUCCCCCGAACACGUCACAGAAUUAUUUUAUGAUUCAGACGCCCAUGGGGCUGCAGCUGAUCCCGCUGUCCAAUCCUACGCCCACACAGCCGGCCCCGCCCCCUCCUCCUCCUCCACCACCACCGCCGCCGCCCGCCACCGUCCCAGAACUUCCUGCUUCUUCAGUGCCAGUCCACCAAUGGGAACCAGCCAAGCCUGAUCCUCGUCCCCACCCGCCUCGAAUACAAAACACCACACCCACCUCCUCUGCUCCACAGCCACUCCCUUGGUGCAGACCAUACCGGCCCUGCCUCAGGUUUGACAGCACCCCAGACUCAAAUCUCACCAUUUCAGCCACUCCACACUCAGCAGAGGUUUAUUCUGACAAAUAAUAAUGCACCUGUUGUUACAGCCCCAGCCCAGAGCACAACAGCCAUUACCAGGCCCAUUUUAGGAACACUUGGUCGUACCAGAAACACUAGAACCAGACGUGGGCGCAAACCCAAGGCCAGAGCCGAGAAACCCAGUUCAGUGGUACAGACCACAUCUGCUCCAGCAUCUCAGGCGAUAGCCCCAUCUACCACUUCUACAGCAAUCACAGCUGUGGCUCCUGCUACCCCAUCAACUACGGUCUCCCAGCAACUCAAUGUUCAGGUUUCAACAUCAGUGCCACCUCUGAAUUCAAAUCCAGUGCUUGUCCCUGCCCUGGUCCCUACCACAGUCACCAUAUCGGCAGUGACCCCAACAGCCUCUUCAGCGGACAACCCGUGUGCCUCGGACGGCGGCUCGCUAGACGAUCCCGCCAAAGGAAAGCUCCCGAAUCCGCUCUCGGGGGAGCGCUUUGUCCUCUGUUUCGAGAAGGAGGCCGAGGAGAGGGAGCGGGGGCAGGGCAUGGAGGUGAAGGUGGAGAUGGAGGGAGGCGUGGAGGGAGGAAGAUCCUAUGUGCUGCAGUUUGAAGGGCAAGGCGAGCAAGGUGGAGGAGGGACCGGAGAGGGUGGGGAAAAGUCGUACGUCCUUCGGUUUCAGGCGGAGGGUGAGAACGAGGGCGGCGGGGGCAAGGAUGAGAUGGUCUCCCUCAACUUGCUCCGAGACUGGAGCGGGGAGCGCGAAGGCGAGAGGAUGGAAGGGAUUGGUGGAGAUGCUGGAGUGGAGGAAAAAUCAUUUGUCCUUCAUUUCCAAACAGAGCCUCAGAGUGAUGAAGACAUCCAGCAAAACGUUGGCUACAGUGAAGGCCAGGGUGAGGACCUGGGCCUGUCCUGCCACUCUGCCCAAGCCUUGAUGCCCCUCGGGGGCCAGGAGGUUGUGUUUGAGCUGGGCAAUGAAGCCAAAAUAGAUGGGGACGCAGGCAGUGGGGAAAGAGUUCAAAUGAUCGCACUGAUAGAGGACGAGGGUUGCAGUUCUGAAACUGGGGACCGUUUCACUAAUCCAGAGGGAGUCAUCGGGUCAGGAGCAGGGCAAAUGGGGGGCAUCUUUCAGUUCGAGGGAGGAGAAGGUAUCGUGAUUAUUGAAGUCAGUACCAGUAGUUUGAGAGAAGGAGCAGAAGCAGGUGUUUCUUUAGGGUUAAGGAACACGGAAAAAGAAGUUAUUGCAGCACAUGAAGUGAAGUCAGACGAGCAGAAGGUUCCGGAAACCGAGAACAGACUCUCGUCGGCUGGCGUGAAUGGCACCGAGGGCUGAGCUUGGAACAAAUCUAAAUGCCGGUUGUGUUGCUUUAACACUGAACACACCUUUGUCUGACUAACCAUCACACACUACUUUAUUUGAAUCUACCUGUGACAUGUAUCUCUGUUAACACACCAUGGAUCUGUAAUGACCCGGGUGACUAACUGAACCUGAACCUGACAUUCUGCACUGUGAUUUUUAGCCUCCAGGAGAAUGAACAGUGGAGGAACAGUGCUGUAUAGAAUGUGGCGGGAGCCGGACAAUUAAAUUAUCUAAACUAU